AUGUCGUCGCCAGGUCCCAGCAAUAUUGAAUUGGCAGUACAGGGGCUUAGCGUUAAAGUCGUGGGCUAUAACUGCCGGUUCAGCCUAGGAUUUAAUGUAGAUAUGCGGCUUUUGGCUGCAAGUCUCUUAACCGCUGAUUAUAACCCUCGGUAUCCCACUGUUCGUGUCCGCCUCACAAGUCCACAAUGCUGUAUCUCUGUAAGCUACCACGGGCACUGUACCAUCUUCGGUUGCGAAAGCGUGGCCCAAGCAGCAACUGCUGCCGCCGUCUUCCUUAAGCUUCUGAAUGAGAUUGAAGAGUUUGUUGGUCUUGCACGGCCGUCGCCUUUAACCGUUGUCUCUAUUACCUGUCUCACAGACCUUGGCCAUGGAAUUCGUCUCGACGCAGCUGCAGCUGCCACAAUUAGCGUAUUCUCAUCAGCCAUGUACCAGCCCGAGAUCAUGCCAUCACUACAGGUCGUCUUCAAGAUUGCCGAGCGCAAUAUAUGCUGCUCUGUUUUCGCCGAUGGCCAGGUCACGAUCGUUGGCGCACGGAACAUCUUCGAUGCACGCGAUGUUAUCACAAAGCUGUACGAGGGAUUGUUCGAUUACUUUAUAACAUAA